UACAUUUGGCCCGGCUGAUAACGACAAAAAGUUGCAUUUACUAACGAUAUUACUUUUCAUGGAGAAAGGAAGCGAGUUGUGGUAUCGGCGGUAGUGGAAGUUUUUCGGCACUGUGCUUACGGCAUCAAAACAAUGGAUUUUCAGAAUAUGCAGAACCUAAACUGUUCCCCUUGUGGCGAGACAUUUGAAAAAUUGUCCUUCACAUCACUGGAAAUAGAUGCACUUAAUUGCUUGGAAGAGACCAUAAAAUCUCAUGAAAUGAACUCAGAUGAUGGUGAUCAAUUUCCUGCAGAUGAUUUGGAGCCAAAAGCUGAGUCAAUUUCGGAGCAGAAUAGUAUGUUCAAUAACUUGUCUCAGCCAUGUGCCAAUUCUACAAGAGCCUGUGCGAGCCGAAAAUUAAACGCAGGUUAUAUUAUUUUUGACGGAUCUGAAAUAAAAUACAUAUCUACCGGCAAAACCGAAACAACGACGAUAUCGAAACCCUCAGAGGAACUACGCAACGAUUGUAGUUUUCGAAGUAGAACCUCAGAUCAUUCAACACAUAUUUCCGAGCUUGCCUCUCAUUUGAAUUUAAGUUCUGAUGAUUUAAUAAGAGACUCCUUUAAGGACACAAUUUCACGCCUUUCUCUCACACCGUACAAGAGACUACCGACCUACGUGCAUUUUUCCACUACAGAAAAGUUUUAUUUGCUGGCGAUUGGAGCAGUGCCUUCGCUACUGCUCAAUACUUUCUACAUCAGUGUGGCGUUUUUCCGACCGUUUCUUGGAAAGCAAGUCUUAUCUGAAAUAGGUAAGUUGCCUUUUUGCAUUAUAAGUUCACGUUAGUACUUUUAUUGCUGGUUUCUUCCAUGCUCAGUGCGCAUCAUUGUUUUAAAUUUAAUCCAGCUUAGAGCCCUUGGGAGGUUAAAACAAACGCCAAGAAAAUAUUGUUUUGGGACUUUUUUUUCACUCGAUCACCAUGCGGACAGUUUUGUAUCAUUUAACCAAAGGAAAAGCUGAGAGAAAACAUGUUAAUUCCAAUGCAUCACGAUGAGAGCAUAAAGUGGAGCACGUUUUGAGUUCAAUUUUGACAUCUUUAUUUUGUAUAUACGAAGCAAAUUAAAAAAGACUUACGGCAAGCUGCUCCUUCGACACCUGCCCAGCUCAUAAACCACCAACCACUAUCUUUUAUUUGUAAUAACAGAGAAAAACUAUCUUUUUCAUUUCUACAUAUCAUUAACUGCGGUAUUUGAUGCAAAAUUUAAUUUAUCGAUCAUUUGACGUUAUAUCUAUGUCAAAAUGCUGUGAAAAGUGAAAAUGCGCAAAAAGAUCAAAAACCAUACCAUCAUUAGUCUAGUUGGCUAAAUUUUUAAUUUACUUUUUUCUGCCGUAAGUUAUUAAAAGGUAUCGCAUCCUAUUUCACAGCAUCUGGUUGAUAAAACGAAGAGAUAAGAUCCUGCAGUCGCACACUAGUUUCGACUGAUAUUUUUCAGGUCCUUUCGUUUACGAAAGAGAAAAUAAUUAGAUAUUCACAAACUAAAUCAAACUAAUUUUAAUCAAUGUUAGCAGAAUGGUGGCCUUUUUAGGCUUUAACUUCAAAGCCAGGAUCAUUAUUGAGAAAGUGUAUUUUUUAAUAUCACAGUUCGAAUGUUAUAAAUUAAAAGCAGGAAAUAUCUUAGUCGCAGUCGAGUUUUAAACCCAAUUUCCUGUUUCUUUAAGCGCCCCUCGACCCCGGAGGGCGAAGGGGAGUACUCAACAAGGUUUUACACAGGGAGGCUCCGCCUCGAGGUCCGACCUCCAACCCCUCUGUAUAACAUUUGGAACAAUUUAGGUUUUCUGGGAAAUUACCCACCUACCCCUCCCCCAAUCCAACAUUUUGCCUUAAGUGAGAAUGAAGUGUUAAUGUUGAUUUAGGGGAGGGGUAGGUGAGCAGUUUCCCAGAGACCUAAAUUUUGCCAAAAAAGUUACCCCUUUCAUAUAGUUUCUAUUUAACAAUUAGUCGCCAAUUAGGCGACGUGAAUAUCGGCGAAUAGUCGCCGAGACAAAGUCGAGGUGACUGGUCGCCGAUAUUCACGUCGCCUGAAGCGACUGAUUUUUUUAGUAUAAUUACAUUGAUGAUUAUUCGAGAAAACAAAAUUAUUGAUCAAUUUCCGACUCCGAAACGUCAACAAAUCUGGCUGCCAUUUUGAAAACUGCUGGCCUUCAAUGUUAUAAUCACAGCGCGGUGAUUAUAGCGGGAUGAAGCGAAGCUCCUAGCCAAUCAUAGCGCUCUAUUUUUGAUAAUCAUCAAUGUAAUUAUACUAACGACAAAUGGUUCCCCUUUCAAACACCUAAUUUAAAACCCCGAGUCCCUUUUAACCUCACUGUCUUUAAAAUUUGAAUAGAUUAAAAACACGAACAUUUCCUCGACUUUUUCACAGGCAUAAGAUGCAUCUGUAAGCCCUUUUGGGACUUUUUACACACCGAAAUAAGAAAUUCCUCUUCCCUUUCAUAUACUUUAACUAAUAAAAUCCCUACCCUUUCAUAAAAAGAUACCCCUUUCGAACGGAGCCUCCCCGUGUAGGCCACUUUAUAGAGUACCUUCCCCCCCGAGCUCUUGAAUAGACGUUUUCAAUGAAUGCAAUAUAUCUAAGGCCCAGAUCUUUCAAAAUUGAUGUAAACAGCCAGGUUGCGAGACAUUUUUGUUCUUUUCAUUCUUUUCGAAACCAACAAAAACAAAGAGAGAGAAAGAAACACUGCACAUUGCUCAUUUAAUUAUAUUAUGUGUUCGAACCGUUACAACAAAUUGAAGUGUUUGAGUCGCUUCAUCCUGACAGAAAAUCAAUGUUGCCCAUUAUAGUCAGAUAAAAAUAAAGGGGUUGGAACACUUUUCGCCGCUUUAGAAACGAGAGGAUGGAUCGAGUUAAUUUUCGCAAAGAUUUCGGGGACGGUUAUUAAGGACAGGGGAGAAAAUGGCCAAUAGCUGACCGGCGCGUCCCCAGUAACAAUUAAAGAAACAAUUGCGGGACACACAUUUCUCGUUUCAAAAUGGUCGUGACUAGAAUUGAUACCUUAAAAUCAGGUUGGACACCUUAUGUUUAUUACACAACGCUAUACUCUAUACCACACUAUACAUACUAUAUUUAUUCAAAUUUACUGGGCACAUUUUUUAGAAAAGUGGGGAAAUCAAAGUGAAAGACAGUUGUGCAAGAGUUGAAUACAAGGAUAGCACCAAAGAAAAGUGAUUGGGGUUAAGCACUGUUUUAAAAGCGGUUAGCUUUUAAUGCGAUAUCAGUGCCAUGUAGAGUACGUUAAAAUUAACCAGUGUUGCCAUUUAGCCCUUGAUGGUGUAGUGGAUACGGAUGUGGAUUAUACAUCAAAUGACGCGGGCUCAAGUCCUUCAUACUACCUGCUGUUUUCUUUCUUCUCUUUAAGUUGUAAGACUCCUAUCAAGUAGAUCGAGUGAAGAUGACAAUCUGACUUUGGGGUAUCCACUCUAGUCACAACCGUUUCAAAAUUGGCCAAUUAAACAGGCCGUGUCACGGCAGUCCAUUUCAUUUUGUUCAAUUUUGCCAAUUUCUCGCCCUCAAUCGCUAUGGAACUUAAAGUAUUAAGCAAAUAAAUUCCAUGUAAAUGACAAAAUCAGAGAUUCGAGAGUGUCUCCUGAGCAUUAUUUUUGAAGUUGCAAACAGCAGAGAGAUGAACUUUGAAAAACUGUUAGGGUGAACAGUUUUCAAAAAUCAGUUUCAAUCUUCUUCAGUUUUGCCCAUGCGUCGAAUCUGAUGUGUUAUUUUAACCUUCCUUUAAUAUUUUAAGCGGUUAGUUUUAUGUUUCUCGUAAUUUAAAGGACAUUUUUUAAUUUUCUAAUUUGGCUGAAUUUCGUGACACAGCUCCUUUAAAUGAACUGGUGUACUGCUUCAGGGGUGCCUUGUCAGGAAAGGUAAAGGUUAAAAUAAUUGGCCACUAUACGAGAACAUGCCAGUCCGUGCUGAUUGUCUUAAAGAUAAUCAAAUCCAUAUUUAUGAUCAUAUUUUUAACAACAACAACUAAUUUUAUUGAAAUCAAAUAUAUAACUACGUACAUUACUUUCCCACCCACAAAUGGCUUACGAAUCAAUGGAGGCGGGGGAGCUAAGAAAAUAUUUACAAAUACAAGGUUUAUCUAUAGAUAGACUAAAUAACAGUAAAGACACUACAAUACAAUAAAUAGAAUAAACUAACAUAAAACAAAGCGAGUAAAUUACAACCGCAGAUACCAUAAGACAAGUUAAGUAAGGGACAAUAGCACACGUUCAAUAUAUUAAAAUUCUAACAUGACUCCGAGGCUUUAGGGUCAAAAUUGCAAAGUUUUCACGACUCCAUUGUCUCGCAAUUCCCAGAAGAGAAUUGAGCACAAUGAAAACCAAACCAAAUAUAGAAAAAUGAUCAGAAAGUCUUGGACCCCUUGGACUCAUGUUAGAACUUUGAUAUAUCGAACGUGGGCUACAGAUAAUCAAAUCCAACUGAAAGUAAAACACGACGCGGGACAUAAUGUCGAAUCUUAGUUUAAUUCCUAUCGACUGCAAUAGGACUGCUUGCAUUCUUGGCGAAAGUUGAUCGUAAACUCUAGCCGAUGAAAAUUGCUCGACGGUGUGUUGGUCUGCAACUUUUGAAAUCUUCCUUACUUUGAUCUAAAAGGGUUGUAUGUUAAACUUAUUUUGAAGACAGUAAUAUUGAAGUGCUCGAACAAACGCUAGGAUAAAAUCCGAGCAUUCCAGCUGAUAUAGAAUCCAUCAACUUCUACGGUUACCGGUUGGACGUUUGGUUAGUGGGUUGCAGGCACAUCGCAUUAGGAGGUAUGGUCUUUGGUUCACUGAAUCUCUUAAGUGAGCACACCACUUAUUACUAUGCUUGCAAGAUGCAGGAAAUGUAGUAAGUGACAUGCUUUGAUUAGUGUCCUGUGUAUUGGCGAGAUGGCCUCCCCAAUCCUACAGUUAGACAUCCAUCGGGUAAAUGGAAGGUCGUGAAUUCGAUUCCUGCUUGGGGAUUAAAUUUUUUUUCAUUUCAACACUUUCUUUAGUUUUUUUGUUGCAGGAGGGGUUUGCUUCGUCAGAUAUUAACCAACGAAAUGAAAGUUGCCCCCCCCCCCCCCCAACCACCACCACCUUUGAUUUAAUAUGUGCAACCAUCCGUUUCCUCACUUUCAUUGUUGUUUACGCUAAUUUACCUAACUAUUUGCAGGAAUUUGUCAUCAUCUUCCCUUUCUGAUCGCCAUGUUGCUUGUAUUCUGCGGUAAAAAACACUGGGUCCCAUUCUUUCCUACACUUCCGGUUUGCUUCGUUUUGAUGUGCGCAUGUGUAGUCGUUAUACCGUCCUUUGUUACCGCUGGCGUCACCUUGUCAGUCAUUACCAUAUAUGGCGUCAUAAGCUUGAAUGGGUUCUGUGCAGGGCUCAGCCAAUCGCUGGUUAGUCGAGUCAUUGUACUGUUUCCUGGGGGAAAGAGCAAUAUGUUGAUACACUAUGGCAAUGGUAAGCAGUAAAAUGAUAUAUUAUUUGGGUUACUAAUAGCCCUAUUAGUAUAGGUAAUAGCAUGAUUUGUAGUGAUAUUUGGCAUAAACACCACGAGUGAUAUUUUGAGACAAUUUUGAAAUAUCAUGAGUGGUAUUUAUGCCAAAUAUCACCUACCAAUCAUGCUAUUAUUUGUUUAUACUACUACCCGCAAAGGUUUUGUAACUCAGUUUCACAUGUAGGUAUUUCAAAUUAAGCUGCAAUACCACUGCUCCAAGCCAAUCAACUUGCAGAAAUAUCUCAUCUAGUAGUAUAACACGCUUAGACCUAGCUGAAAAUGCACUGGUUCUUGAAAGUAAAAGUAUCAGCGGACAAACAGUCAAAAUGAGAAUUUCCUAUCACGGCGAAAACAGUCUUCGGAUCAAUAUUUAGACUUAUCACAGUCCCCUACUUUUUCAUAAGAUCGUCAGGAAGGAGCGCUUACCAGUACGGGCAGCCAUCUUGGUUUCAUAUGUACCGAGGGAGGGGGCGUCGGGGUUUACCUUCUUCUGCUCCCUAAGAAAAGAUUUAGCGCUUAUCCAAGAUGGCCGCCUCUAACGCAAAGCGCUAUCUUACGAAACAAUAGGGGACUGUGAACAGUUUAAUCAGUAGUUUGGUGUAAAUGUUGUGUUCCGAGUUUAUCCUUCAUUUAAAAUUUAUUUUUCGGAGUUUCAAACUCUUUUUAAUACAUAGCAAAACCCUAAAAAACGGAGCAAAAGAAAAUACUAUUGAAACCAAGGAUAAAAUUGAACGAUAAUAACGCUGUCAUUAUCUGUACCUCGCUAAAACGGAGUAUAGCACAGUUCGCAGUAGCUGUGCCGUGAUUAUGGACAGAUGCACAGCUUAAUGUAGCAGGUUAUUGAUGAUAGCUCAGCAUAGCUAGCUGUGUUCAGAUCAGUAUAGGGGUGUAUAACAUAGUACUAGUAAUAACCGAAGGUUACGGAGUGGGAACAACUACGAUCGAAGUUCAAAACGCUUUCGCUCAAUCGCUGUACUUUGCGUGACGGUUUCAAGUGACAGAUAGUUAAUACACGGGUGAUCAGAUUACGAGUGAUAGAAGGUCCAAACGCGCGUGAUCAAAUUGCGUUAUAUGCAUUCCAUUUAUUCUUAGUGGAAGUCCAAACGAAUGCUGGUUACAAACAUGCGACGCAUGCGUAAUAACAUACUGGAGAUUAGGAUUGCGGGCUCCUGUUGUCGCCCGCAAUUACCGUGGUGCGAAAGGGUAAAUAGCAACAUAAAGUGUAUCAGUUUCUCCAUGGUAGAUUUGAUUCCCUCGGAGGCGAGUUCGUCUCUCACUGUUCCUGCCAAGUAGCAGGAUACAUUUUAGCCUGCGAAAACAUCCGACAUUUCGAGAAGCCAAAACCGAUUCCCCGCGAUGUGUCUGAUGAAUUCCAUGCGCAAAAAUUUCAGGUAAGUGCUUCUGAUUGGUCGUGCCGCGGGAAAAUUUUGAUUCAACCAAUCAGAAGCACUAGUCAGAUCUGGGCUAUGAUACGUCAAGGGUCCUGAGAUUCUCAGACGUCAUCUCGCGCGGAAUCCAGUGGUGGCGACGAAAAAUGUCGGCCGUUUUCUCAGGCUGAAAACUUUUCUAAUUGUUGCGAUUGUCAGGAAGCCGGGUGUUCAUAAUAGUUGCGCACAAGUCACAUAAUGUUACGAAAUCAUUAUGUAACUUCUUUCCUGUUCUCUACUUUCAGGUGUGGGAACUCUGUUUCCUGUUUUACUCCAAACCAUCCUAGUUUUAUCAACAGGUCUGAACUCAAGCGAAUCACAACUGUCUGACCACAAGACCCUCUGCCUAUACGUGCUGUUCGGUGCAGUGUUUCUAGGGCUCUCUCUUGGACUUUUCUCACUGAUAAGACUUAGUAAAAGUGGAAUAUACGAGUUGUUUGCAGGGAGGGACUGUGUGGCUCACAGCCCAAAGAACAUUACACUAGGAUCUGUACCAGAAACUGCAAAGAGAAGAUAUCAUGCCAUAAAAUGGUAUUUGCUCGCCGAGUUCACUCUGUCGCUCGUGAGCUAUUUUGUACUUUCACUUGCUCCGUUUAUCCACGAUGCCACGUAUAACAGUUCACGUACGAGUAUCUCGCCGUUUUGGACCGUUUAUCUUGCUACAGUAUUUGUGGCUAUUUUCAGAUUUGGAGAUUUUAUUGGACGCCUGUUUUCGCGUUUCUGUUGCGAUAAACUGCAACUAGAUGUAAAUGUGGCAACGUUCUGUUAUCUAACAGCCUCAAUUCUCCGCCUGGGAUUUGCUUUCUCAGCGGUGUUUUACAUUCGCACACCAUUCUUGGUUUAUUAUAAUUUGUUCAUGAUAGGCUCCUACUUGAUGUUGGCAUUCACGAAUGGAUUUUUCUCUGUUGCCAUAUCAUCAAACUGUCAAUCAUUUAUCAUGGUGCAAAGGAAGGACUCAUGCCCAAUUGUUUCGCAGUUUCUUUGGAUUUCAGGAAUAUUAGGAGCAAAUGUUGGUAUCGCAUUGUCGUUUACUCAAGUCAUUAUUUGACUUCCACCCUUCCUGUUUGCUGACAAACGGAAGACUGGAGACUUCCAUUCUUUAAAAAGCUACUUCCAGUUGCAAAAAUACUAACACGCUGUACCUUAUUUGGGUUGAAAUGGCCUGUGUAUGAUCCUGUGCACGUGAUCUCUCUUCCCCACCCCCAUUUUAGGAAACAUUAGAGAGCUUAAAGUUCACCGUUUCCGUGUACGGGUACGGGUAAAUUGGCCGUACACGUGGCCGUGAAUACAGGUAGAUUGCCUCUAACUCAGGAGAAACGGGUAGGAUACCGGGUGGCAUGGGUACACCGUCAUCGUCUGGGAAAUGGUUGCCCUUUACAAAAGUACGAAGUAAACAUGUUCGCUUACCCGAACCCGUAGGGUGAGACGGUGUAUCUUGACGUCACUAAUAAAACCUUUCGAUUAAGCGUUAGUUUGAAAAAGCCGAAACUCCCUUCCCCUCCCGUUAGAGAACUGUUUUAACAGUAAACAAGCGCUUUUCGAUAAACAAGCUCGAAAACAUGACAAGUUUCGCCAAUCAUUGAAGAUCACUAUUUUAGUGGGUAGUUAGUCACACUGAA